UCGUACAAAUCACGAAGUGAGGAUUUCAAGAGGAUAUUCAAGGCACUGCCUGCUGACGAGCGACUCAUUGUUGAUUACUCAUGUGCCCUGCAGAAAGAUAUCUUGAUACAAGGUCGUAUGUACUUGAGCCAAUCAUGGAUAUGCUUCUAUGCCAACAUCUUCAGAUGGGAAACUGUAAUAAUACGAUGCAAAGACAUAACAAAACUGACGAAAGAGAAAACGGCUCGAGUGAUUCCAAAUGCAAUUCAGAUCUGCACCAAGGAUGACAAGUACUUCUUCGCAUCAUUCGGUUCUCGGGAUAAGGUCUUCCUUCAACUGGAUCUUGUCAGAAGGAAUGCUUCCAAUGGCUUGCUCAUGAGCAAGCCAGAGUUUUGGUCCUGGGUGCAUUUUUAUUAUGGAGAUGAUCUAGCAUUGACAUCUGAUGAUGAAGAUUAUGUGCCUCUAACGUCUGAUGACAAGAACAGGUUUCAGUUAUACCUACAGAUGGAGAUGGGACAGGAUCAAGGAAUUGAAAUAGGAAAGGCAUUAGAUUUGUCAGCAGCAGCAUCUACGGCAACGACAACUACGACCUCAUCGAAUAGAUCUCCAACGUGCAACGGCAUCGUCAACAGCACCACAUUAAAUGAUGACGUUGAGAGCUUCAACGAUGAUGAUGGUGGUUGUUCUGCUGAUGUGGUGAAGGAUGACGAGGAGGAGGAGGAAGAGGGAGAUGCAGACUACAGGGAAUGUGAGGGCAGCGAGGAUGAAGAGAGCUCCAGUGGGGAUGAUCUUGUUGACUACUGCUCAAAGCAUUCUCACUUCAGCAUUGAUGUGUUGGACGAGGCCUAUGAUUUGACUGUCGAUGAUGUCUUUCAACAUGUCUUCUCAGAUUCUCAGAUAUACAGAGAGUUCAUCAAAACCAAGAAGACUUUUGACGUUUCAUUGAACCCCUGGUCAGAAGAGCUGGAUGAAAAAGGCAGAAAGGUCAGGAACAUCUCAUACACACUCACACUUGACUUCAGCAUAGGUCCCAAACAUUCGCCAUCUACUGAAAAACAAGUGAUGCACACGGAAUCAGAGCCAGGCCGCUUCUACCUCAUCGAUUGUGAGUGUGUCAACGAAGGCAUUCCAUACGGAGAGAACUUUUUUAUCACCAACAGGUACUGUUUGUCUAGAUUAUCAGAUAAAAGAAGCAGACUAAAGAUUACAAGUCAGAUUAAUUACAAGAAGAAUGUAUGGGGCUUCAUCAAAAGUAUGCCUCACGUGAUACUAUACAAGAAUGAUGAGGAUGAUGAUAUUUAUAAUGUGGUUGUUGUUGUGGUUGUUGCUGCUGCUGAUGAUGAUGAUGACGAUGAUUUUGAUGAUGAUCGUGAUAAAUUAUGA